ACAUGAUUGGAAACCUUGUGAUUGCCCUGACGUUGUCAUUCAAGCAACAUGGUGUAACAGUUUGGUAUUCGCAAAUACAGCUGCUCAUAGUCUGAUCAUGGAGUAUAACAAAAUGAACAGUGACCUUUUACUCUUUUUUUUUUUUAAUGUUCAACUGUCCCUCCCUUGAUUUCCCACAAUCACGUUGAAGAUUCAGUAAAAAAAAAAUGGCAGAAUCUCAAUAUCAGACUGAUUGCAAUGGCAACAGAAGGCCAGCUCAGAAAAAAGCCAAGCCUUCCACCAAAUCCAUUAAACGCAAGAGUUUGAAGCCAACAAGCAUGUCGAAGGUCAGAGCUCGGGUCGAUAUUGGAUCGGCAUUUGAAAGGUGGAUUGCUCUGAAAAAAGCAAAGGGAUUGAACUCUAACCGAGAAGUGGCUGCAUGUCUUCUGGAUGCCAUGGAGAGCACGCCCUCCGGUUCAGCCUCCACUGGAUCCAGUAAUGGGAAAAUGAAAUUCUCCCAAUUGGAACUGCAGGCGCUAGUCGAGCAGGAGGUUCACAGGGCAGUAACAAAGAAAGAAAGCAAGCUACAGGGUUGGAUCGAGACUCUGCUGGAGCUGGAGCGUUGCAUCGACUUUGAAGGCUCCGUCCAGAAACUGGAGGCUAAAAUUAACACCUUAACCACGAGGGCAGAAGCAGCUAUUGCCCACAUGUCAACGACGGAGGAAAAGAGCGCACUUUCAUCCCUCUUAAAUGUGGGAACCAUCAGGUCGAACUCUGCGGAUGAGCAAAUGGAAACCGUGUCACAAGUGCACAGAAAAAGCCCCGGUGAGACGGCCAAGAGACAAAAGCACCUUGAAAUUAAGGUAAAGGCAGAAAGGGCCCUGGAGGAGAUCCAUUCAGAGAAGGAAGCUUUGAUGGCUGCCAUGGCAGAUUUAAGAGAAGACGAGCUUCCUCCUACAGUUCACACUCCUUUUAGCUCCUUUCUGUGUAAGAAAGACGAAGAUGUGGACCAUUUCGAGGAGACCUUUCAGUUUGAGGAUCAGAAAGCCGAGACGGUGAAACUGGAAUGCCUCUCUGCCGGCAAUCCAAAAAGUUCCGCGCACACAGUGUCAGAACAGGACAACCUCCGGUAUCCUCCUCUUCCUGCCACCACUUUCCCCUCCGUCCUGAACAUGGAAGCGGCCUCAUUCAACAUCCCCCAGCAAGUAAAAGUACGUCUGGCGCUGAUCAGGAAACCUCCCGGCCUCUCUGUGCUCUGGAACGUGCAGCCGGAAGACCCGUGCGCGCCGCCCAUGCAGAGUUACAGAAUCUACAUCACCAUGGAAAAAGGGAAGGGCAGCGGCAGCUUCGGUGAAUGGAACAUCCUCGGGGAAGUGAAAGCAGACCGUCUGCCUAUGUGUGUGCUCAUCAGCAAGUACAAGCCCGGACACAAGCUGUGUGUGGCUGUGGUGGGCAAGGACAAGUUCAGCAGGUAUGGACCGUACAGUGAAGUGGUGACUGCCGCUGUACCUGAAUAAGUGACUGGAGGAGGGGGGGGGGGG